CAACUCUGUGCAAGCAAGAGGAGAAGCAUUUUGCGGCGUGAUGUUUUGCCGGUGACCGAUUCGACUGAGGCUGAGGUGUUCAAAGGGUCCUUUUUCGAUUAUUAAGGAAAUUAAGUCGCGCAAGCAUGUAUUCUGUGAUUAGAGCAACACCCUGCAGAACUCUCCUGCGCAGCGUCGUGUCAACGACUACCCGUUGCUCACGGCAGAGGUCCACUACUCCCAUCAACACUGUGAUUAUGUUUGUACCUCAACAAGAAGCAUGGGUGGUCGAGAGGAUGGGAAAGUUCUCGCGAAUACUGGAGCCCGGCUUGAACUUACUGCUUCCCGUAAUAGACCGCGUACGCUAUGUCCAGUCGCUCAAAGAAAUAGCCAUCGACAUCCCGCAGCAGUCUGCCAUAACGCUAGACAACGUGACGCUCAACAUCGACGGAGUUCUCUACCUGAAAGUGGUGGACCCUUAUCGGGCGAGCUACGGCGUCGAGGACCCUGAAUUCGCCAUAACGCAGCUGGCGCAGACGACGAUGCGCUCCGAGCUCGGCAAGAUAGCGCUCGACAGCGUCUUCAAGGAGCGCGAGUCUCUCAACAUCGCCAUUGUGGAUGCCAUUAACAAGGCGAGUGGUGCGUGGGGUAUCGUGUGCUUGCGCUACGAGAUCCGCGACAUACGCCUGCCACAGCGGGUCCACGAAGCGAUGCAGAUGCAGGUCGAAGCUGAGCGAAAGAAGAGGGCAGCAGUUCUGGAGUCUGAAGGAAUAAGAGAAGCAGAUAUCAACGUCGCCGAGGGCAAGCGCCGUGCGCGCAUUCUCGCCUCUGAAGCCGAGAAGAUGGAGCUCAUUAACAAGGCGCAGGGUGAGGCUAACGCCACGCUGGCCAAAGCUGAGGCCAAGGCCAAGGCCCUUAGCAGAAUAGCCGGCUCCUUGCAACAACCAGUCGGUGGCAAUGCCGCGUCAUUUAUGGUGGCCGAGCAGUAUGUGCAAGCCUUCAAGAGUCUCGCCAAGGAAGGCAACACCAUCAUCCUUCCUGCCAACACGGGUGACGUGACGUCGUCUGUAGUCCAGGCCAUGGCCAUCUACAAGAACCUCGCCCGCCCUGUAAAAACAACGCAGACAGGUACUACAGAUCAGUCCAUGGAUAGCUUGGCGGAGUACAUGAGUGACGAGGAGGACAGGAAAGAUGCCACUGACCCCACGAAACACCAAACAUAAAGCCUCGCAUUAAAUAUUGUUAUGUUCUU